UGAUCAGUGAACACGUACAAUCAGAGAGUUACUCACGUCGUCAAAUUAACAGUUUUGUUGUUUAUCAGUCUAUUAUAGUCAAUUGUAAAAAUGGUCCGGACAAAGGCAGAUAAUUGCAGUAGGAAAGCUGUCGCCGCAAAGGCACCCCGCAAGAAUCUUGGCGCAAGUAGCAGCGGAGUAAUGAUGGGCAGUAAUUCAAUGAAGUCACCAGCCGGCAAGAAAAGCAAAUAUGCAGGUGGAAACUCCGUCUGUCCGAGACCAACACCAGAAUGGCAGAAGGAAAUCACAAACUUCUUGAUCAAGUCGCCAAGGAGUGCCUCAAAACAAAAAGAGAACGAAGACCCUGACAAUGAGGAGGAAGACGAAACAGCAGGAUGCAGCAGAGAGGAGAGGAUAAAAGAUGCUGCAGGAAGCAGUAGUUCCAGCAGAGUAGAGGAGGACAUCGAAGAAGAAAAAGAAGACGAGGAGGAGGAGGUGAAAGUCGGUUCAUCGUCAUCCUCAUCCUCAAGGCAGAAAUUUGUCAAGAACAAAUGCAUUAGUGAUAGCGAAGAUGAUUAUUGAUAGAUAAAUGAAACAAAUUGUUUAAGAAAAUAAAUGUAAAUAUUUAUAAACCCACAACCUGGAACAAUAGUGUGUCCCUCCUCUUGUAAGUUUAUCCGCAGUCAAUGGGAAUCCUGAAGCAGUGUGAAGGAAAUUCCUGUGUCAAUAGACCAAUUAAGUCGAACAGGUAGUCAAACAUUGUGGUUAUGUUUGAAUCCCACGGACAUUCCUUGUUUGUAAGGUGGCCCUUUAACAGAGGUCAACAUUCCAAUGGCACAGGAGGAACUUUGUUAAAAAAACUUUUGCAGAUUGUGGGAACUGUAUUCAUGUGACUUUUCAAAAUGUACAAAUACAUGUAUGUAUUUACUCUUCUUAAAAUUGAUGUUUUGUUUAAAUAUUGGGCUACUUUUGCAACCUAAAUGAGCUUACUUAGUCACUGUUGAAAUUCAAUUUAAAUGUCUAUGGGAAAUCAAAUGGGGAUGUGAAAGGCUAUUCUGUCAUUCAGAACAUUUCAAACCAGACUUACUGAUUAAUGUGCCUGAUCUAAGGGAACAAAGUAUGUGCAACCUCAAAACUGCAUUUUGGGCUGAAAACAUUCAAGCCUCGAAUGUCAUUUGAAAAAAUGAGGUUACUUUCUCAAAGAAAGAAAAGUGACAUUCGAUUCAUUUCAAAUGAGAAUGUCCACAACAUUGGAGACAAAGUAUCGUCCUCUGAUCAUGAGUAUGAUCAUCAUCAUACAAUGUUUUUUGUCUUGCAGAUGUUCAUGUAUUUAAGACAACCAAUGUGGUUAUAUAUCAAAGUUGAAUAUUGAUCUACAAAGGAUCUUGAAAUAAACUCAUUUAGGAAAAUAAAUAUCAAAUCAAAUGUUUGUUUUGCCUCAGGAAUACCUCUGUAAAUUAUAUAAUAUAUAUGAAAGGUCAAAAAAACCAUAUUGAGUUGAUUUGAUGCACGUGUUAAUUGUAGUUAGACAGAAGAGGUCGUACUCGGAAGAGAGGUUGUCUAGGUUUAGAUUUAGAAACUUAAGAAUUGUUGGAUUUUAUCUUGUUUUGAAUAACGGUUAUUAGAUUUUGUACUUGUAUCAAUAAAUAAUUACCAAUUCAUUUUUGAAAAAAAUAUGAUGCUUAUUCUGAUACUUAUUAAUCUCUGUUGUUGGAUAAGUCUAAACUUCCUUGGGAGUAUGCGGCCCAAACAUCCUUCUGCGUUCUUGUCUCAGAUCUACAUAGCCUCGACCCAAUUUCAUAGCUCUGCUUUACAGAAGCAGGGAAUUGCACACUUGCAUCAGGCGUAUUUCACAGGUUAGCGGGGAAGUUUUGCUUGUGUCAGUGCGUACUUAACGAAACUAGGCAUUCUUUGCUUACACUGCUAGCAUGGAAAUUCAGCGCUUGCGCUGAAGCAGAAAAUGGUGAUCGUAAGCGCAGAAUUCAGCAGUAAGCAGAGCCAUGAAUUUGUUUGAUACAGCAGUCUUACUCCAGUUGACACCAGCAAAUACAUCCAGACAUACGUUUUUCAGUGACUUCCAAAUCACUUGCAUCGUUUUUAUUAAAACAUCCACAAAAGUUUUGAUAAUUAAUCAUUAUUACCUUUUUAAAUAAACCACAGUUUUUUUCUUACUAUAAUAAACAGGAUUGAUUUUGUUAUUUCUUAAAGUUUAAGACAAUUUGCUUUUGUGGAAAUAGUAUGCUGAGAUAGAAGGACAAAUUUCCACUGAUGAAAGGAAAGGGUGAGAGUAGAUUGGCAAAGGUCUGUAACAAGGCUCAAAGGAGGUAUGAUGAAAUUAUGAUAUUUCAACCUUCAAGGAACCUUGUGACUUCAAGGAACAGUAUCCUCAAAACUAGAAAAGUAGAUCAAAGAGCAGGAUUUCUUCAUAUCAGGGCACAGUUUCUUACAGCUGCUUAAGCACAAAAAGAAUUUGCUUACCAGAUUAAGGUUACCAGCUAAAAUACAGGUACCAUUUGUGACUUGUGUCCUGCUAAUUAUUGCUUAGCGUAAAUUUGUAAGCAGCUAUAUGAAAGUGGGCCCUAGUGAAAAUAAUGGCAAAUUUUCUGCAGAACAGAAAUCUGGCAUUUCUCAUCCCUGAAAGGUUUGAAUUUGCUUUGGAUUUCCCAGUUGGGAUAAAUUAAGUGAUAACAAUUUUUGAGAGCCAGUGCAGAGUCAGAUAUUCCUUCUUUUAUGUGACACAUUUCAAACUGCUUGUUUUUACUGUACCCUCCCCAGCAGCAAAUUUCAUUAUUAUCCACAGAUAAAUAUACAAAAACCUUUCACCAGUGGAAAUUCUUCACUUCCGGGACACAAACUAAAAUUUAAUAAUCUAAAAUUCCUUCAAUGUAUUUCAUAAGGUUGUUUUGUUAUUCUCCAUUAAAACUACAGGGCACCUUCACUGCAUACUAUGGUACAACAUGUACCAAAUGAAAAUGUGUGUGAAUGAAAUAUGUACACACAAUUUUCCAGAGUUUAAACCUGGAUCAAAGUUGGUUUCUUUGCCACAUUCCUACCCCAAAAAAGUAAAAUAAAUAAAGCUGUACCAAACACUCACAUUACAAAACAGCAAGAGAUGUAGGUUUUGUAUACAAGGUUUUAUCCAUUGAUCUCCAUUAUACUUCAGUAUAAUGGAGAUCAAUGGUUUUAUCCAUAGAGUUAUAUAUAAGAACUAGAGGG